GAUGAAUUGAGUUAUAUAUCCCAAUAUACAUAAAACAUUCGACGUGAAACAACAACCAUCAAAAUGCCGCACACCAGGACAGACACUGCAUUCCGAUACCCCCAGAACGAAGAGCAAAGCCGUCGUCUUCGCAACACCACCCAGGAUCAAAGAGCCGCUCAGAGGCAGCAAUUCUCAUCGGAGUCAGCCACUGCGGCAUCCCUGGCAGCUGAUCCAACCUCCAACUGGGGUCCGGAGGAAUUUUUUGAGACCACCGUCGAUGAGUACGGUCAGCCAGUCACUGACCAGUGGGCGUUCACGGAUGGUGCGAGGAUGAGUAGAGGCGUCUCGGGUCAGGAUGAGGCUGAUGCGUUUGAGGCUGCUAAUGAUAAGUUUGAUUGAAUCCCGUGUAAAUUGAGGCUUUGAUGGGCAGAUUGGUGAUCUAUCAUUUAUCGGUUAUAUAAGACACGGGACUCCCUUAAUUCUGGAAAACUGCCGAGAGUUUUCACGUGGCCGUAGUAUUUGACCAAGAUCAGACCUGCUUAU